AUGCGCACGAGACAUUGGAAAUACAACCUCAAUGGCCAACGUCGAUCUUCAGAACAUGCCCAUCAAUCGCAGAGGAUGAGUGUUCCUAGUGUUCUCGGCAUCCAAGCCAGAAAAACCAACUUAAUGAGGAUCAUCUCGUGCUUACAUGCCGGUACUCUUCACGAACACUGCAGGGCACACCGGCAUCACGCCUAA